AUGGAGCGCGGCGGCGACACGGGCGGCUGGCGGCUCCGCGCCACCGCCGCACAGCGCGACCGCCGCCAGCCGCCGCCGCGGGAGGACGGCGACAGCGGCGCGGGCGGGAAGAAGCGAGGCGGGCGGCGGCCGCUGCUGCCGCUGCCCGAGGCCCGGGGGGCGCCGCUCGUGCUGCUGUACCUGCUGGGGCUGCGGGCGCUGGCGCAGGUGUCGCACCGGCAGCUGCUGAGCCGCCCGCCCGCCGCCGCGGGGCCCCGCGACUUCAGCGCCUCCCGCGCCAGGGGGUAUCUUGACAACAUUACAGCAAUUGGGCCCAGAACAGUUGGAAGUCCAGAAAAUGAAGUUCUUGCAGUUAACUACCUCUUAGAACAAAUUAGGGGAAUAGAAAGAGAAAGCACGGAUGCUCACAAGAUAUCUGUAGACAUACAGAGACCCACGGGCUCCUUCAGCAUUGACUUUUUAGGAGGCUUUACUAGUUACUAUGCAAACAUAACCAAUGUGGUAGUGAAGCUGGAACCUCGCAAUGGAGCUGAGCAUGCAGUGUUAUCCAAUUGUCACUUUGAUUCCGUACCAAAUACCCCGGGUGCCAGUGAUGAUGCUGUUAGCUGUGCAGUGAUGCUUGAAAUACUUAACACACUUUCAAAAUCAUCAGAGUCCCUGCAGCAUGCUGUCAUAUUCUUAUUUAAUGGUGCAGAAGAAAAUAUUUUGCAGGCUAGUCAUGGCUUCAUUACACAACAUGAGUGGGCUAAGUCAAUCAGAGCUUUUAUUAACCUGGAGGCAGCAGGUGUAGGAGGAAAAGAACUUGUUUUUCAAACAGGACCUGAGAACCCUUGGUUGGUACAAGCAUAUGUAGUUGCGGCCAAACAUCCCUUUGCCUCUGUGGUGGCACAGGAAAUAUUUCAGAGUGGCAUUAUCCCAGCAGAUACUGACUUCCGUAUCUACAGGGAUUUUGGCAAUGUUCCAGGAAUAGAUUUGGCUUUUAUUGAAAAUGGCUACAUUUACCAUACAGAGUAUGACACAUCAGACAGAAUUUUGACAGAUUCCAUUCAGAGAGCAGGUGACAAUAUUCUGGCUGUCCUAAAAUACCUAGCUACAUCAGAAAAGUUGGCAAAAUCUUUUGAGUAUCGACAUGGAAGUGUUGUGUUCUUUGAUAUACUUGGUUUAUUUGUUCUGGCUUAUCCUGCUCGUGUUGGCACAAUUAUGAACUACAUUACAGCAGCAGUUGCUUUUUUUUAUUUAAGCAAAAAAGUAUUACAGCCAAAAUCCAGAGCCGUUCAUAACCUGAAGAAGUUACUGACUGCAUUCAGCUUAACCCUGACGAGCUGGGUGUGCACACUGGUGGCAGUCCUCAUGGUGGCAAUAUUUGUCUCCAUCAUUGGACGGGCUCUUUCUUGGUACACCCAUUUCUAUGUUUCUGUGUCACUCUAUGGCACUGCAGCUGCAGCUAAGCUCAUUCUUGUGCACAUGCUAGCCAAAAAGUUCUUCUACAAGAAUGUGAAUGAGCAGUACCUGGGAGAUGUUUUUUUUGAUGCCUCACUGAUGAUUUGGUCAAUAGCAUUGGCUGUGAUGACUCAAAUGGGCCUUUGUUCAGCGUUCAUUUGUACCUUAUGGGUAGCAUUUCCUUUACUCACUAAGCUGAUGAUCCACAAGGAAUUUAGCCAAAAAGGUGCCACAAUAAAGUUUAUUGUGAUGUACAUGCUGGGGAUGUUUGUUCCCUAUCUGUAUAUGCUGUAUCUUAGUUGGACUGUGUUUGAAAUGUUUACACCUGUCAUGGGACGAAGUGGUUCAGAAAUUCCACCAGAUAUGGUGUUAGCAGGAUUUAUUGUGAUCUUCACUAUGAUCCUGUCUUCCUAUUUUAUUAACUUCAUUUACCUUGUCAAAAGUACAAAAACGACGCUAGUAACUUUAACUACUGUGUUUGUAGUCACACUGAUUCUCGUUUGUAGUGGAAUCUUCUUUCCUUACAGUUCUGAUGCAGCUAAUCCAAAGCCUAAGCGAGUCUUUCUCCAGCACACGAGCAGAAGAUUUCAUGAUCUAGAUGGAAAUGUGGUUAAAAGUGACUCUGGUAUAUGGAUUAAUGGGUUUGAUUAUAAUGGAAUAUCUCACAUAACUCCCCAUGUCCCUGAAAUAAAUGACACCAUUAGAACUCCAUGCGAGGAGCAGGCUCCCUUCUGUGGCCUUCCUUGGAUUCUGCCAGUGCAUUUCAUGUUCCGGAAAAACUGGUAUCUUCCUGCUCCAGAAAUUUUGCCAAGAAGCCCCAUUCAGUUUAAACUUCUGUCCAAGCAGCUGAUGCCCUGGAACUCUGUGAGGUUAAGCUUCGAAGUAUCUGGCCCGAGCCACAUGUCCCUGUAUGUGCGGCCACGCGCGGGGUCGGCGCUGUCCCGCUGGUCCCUCGGGGAUGGAAUCCCGGUCGCCAGCCUGGGGGGAGACUACUUUGUGUUCUAUUCCCGCGGGCUGCAUGCGGCUCCCUGGCACUUCUGGGUGGAACUGACGGUCCCAGAAAAGCAUUCUGAUGGAAUAGUCUCCCUCGCCAUAGCAGCACAUUACUUUUUUGGGGAAGAUCAAAAGUCACCUCAACUCUAUGCCUUACUGGAGAGGUUUCCAAACUGGACAUUUUCUUCUGGCUGGUCCUGUACUUAUGACCUUUUUGUUUUUUAA